UAUACUAAAAAAAUCUUUCAGAUGGGGAUGCUGGGAUGCACAAGAAAAGAAACCAAAAAGCCACCCUGGCGACGUCCUUGCAUCCUUUUUUAUUCACAAUCUCCUCACUGCUGCUAUACGGCACUCAUUUCUGCAUUUGUUGUUAUCCUGAACUAAACUUAAAAUGACGCAACCCAAAACUCACAAGGUAAAAGCGCAAGUGCGUGGUUUCCUUCACUAUUUUCAAUGCGCUUUGUUCUCGCACUCCUCUGCUGUCUCUCAGUAACUAGGCCAUCAUCAAUCGUUUUCUUAGAGGGUGACAAACGGACAAACCAUUGCUGCAGCUCCCUUACAAGUUUAAGGAGAAAAGUAAAGCACUGCAGUGUUUGUCUGAGGAAAUUACUCUACCUUUAUGCGAGUUCGCCUCCUUAGGAAAUGACAGACUUGCACCCUAAGCUUAAUGGCAUUGCUUUCAAGGCACGUGCUCAGCUGCCACAUUUUAUUAAAACUACAGCCUUUAUACCACACUUUAUUUUUUUAUCCAUAUUGACAAUAGUGUUAGGUCAAUAAAUAUCGAUACCGAUUUUAUUGUCUAGCCCUACUUGAAUAAACCAAAACAAAACUAUGAAUCACAAAAUGUGAAACCUGUUAUUUAAUUUUCUGUUAUUGUGAUUUUUUUUAACAGUGUAGUUUAAUUUUCUAAGCUACAUGAAGUUUUUAUUGCUGACAUUAACCAGUGUAUUUUUCUUUCAUAGGACUUCUGAUGUGGAGUAUUUUAAUGGUGACAGUGUCAUGCAGACCAUAUGAAGGACCAAAAUGUCAUAUUAAACCCCUCAUUUCUAAGACCAAACAAGAAAUGAAAACACUACUGAAGGAAUACCUCAAAGUAAAUGGAAAUGUAUCAUGGCAAACAAUUCCUGAACUUGACUUGAAGAACGUGUCUUUUGAAGAGCAAAGUCACAAAGCUCAAUGUGGAUUUAACUACCUGAAAAUAGCACUUAAGCAGAUCAAAAAACACCAGGAGGAUCUAGUUGGCAAGAACGACGACAUCGUUAAAAAAAUAGAUAUUAUGAUUCUUGAGAUCAGGCGUACCAUCAGUUGUGUUAAACACUGUUUGAGGAAUUGCACAAACGUGAGGACGGACGAGUUUGAUAAAUAUGAUAUAUAUGAAAUAAAACAGUGGGGCCGCGCGGUCAUUGAGUCCUCUGUAGCCUUUCUUGGUGAGCUGAAUAACCUCAAAACAAUCAACCAGUGUUUUACAACGACCAACAGGAAAUCAAACCAAAUCACACUUGGCGCCAAAGACAUGGAGCGUUUUACCCAAGGCUAGUUUAUGCUAAUUGUCAGCUGGACUUAUUUAUUUAAUGAAAAAAGUGUUAUUUAUAAGAAUUUGAAGUGUAUUCUUGUGCUAAUUUGUUUAGCCAUAUUUAUAAUAUAUAUUUUUGCACUAUUUAACAUUUUGUAUUUUAUUAGAAUGCUCACUAUUUGCGAUAUUUAUAUUACUGUUCGUGUUGUUUUGCAUCAAUACAACAAUAAAAUGUUAUUUAUAAUA